GAAACAGUUAAGAUUGUUUAAAGGACCAAAGGUUGUCUCCGGCCGCAGUCUGAGCUUGGCGCCCGUCGCAAGUGGACAUCUUUGUUGUGUUUGUGCGUUUUAGUGUUGUGUGAUAAUGAAGUUCUGGACCCUCGUUUGUGUUCUCGGGUGCUCCGCAGUGGCCCUCGGAGCCCCGGCCGCUCCCGAGCAGCAACCCGAGUCCGGAUCCCUUCUGGAGUCCGGCGUCGAGAAAGUGUACAAAUUCAUCCAGGGAUGCGGGAACAAGGACAUGUCGUUGUGCAUCAAGAUGAGGGCCCUCACCUUCGUCGACAACGCCGUGCGCGGUGACCAGAUCAACCUCAUCGACGGAGUUUCCUUCGUCCGCGCCGAAACCAACGAGGCCGACCGAACCCUCAACGGUCGCGCCCUCUCCGAGGAUGAGCUCGACGCCAGCCUCCCCGCUAACUCCGACGACAGGAACAGCCAGGUGGAAAACCUCCUCGUUGACCGAGUUGCUCGAUUCCUCGAGAGCCACACCCUCCAAUUCAAAGUUCCCGACUCAUCCAUCUCCGAAUUCAGACAGACCGUCGAUGAAGCCCGUAAGAAGAAGCCAAAGAAGAUCCUGCUGCCCCUUCUCCUUCUGUUGAAAUUCAAGGCUGCCGCCCUCAUCCCCUUGGUACUAGGAGCUCUCGCCCUUCUUGCCCUGAAGGCCCUCAUCGUCGGUAAAUUGGCCCUGGUUCUCUCAGCCCUCAUCGGUCUGCAGAAGCUCCUGGCUAGCAAACACCACACCCAAUCCUAUGAAGUAGUCGCCCACCCCCACUACUCAGAGCACGACCAUGGACACUAUGCCCGAUCUCUGAAGGACCCCAGCGAAAAGGCCUACAGCGCCCACGACCCCAGCAAAAAAUCGCAAUAAUUUAGCCCUCUUACCUAGUUUAGACACUGCCGAGUCGGGUGCGACGAACUUUCUUGCUCAAUCCCGAUUCGGUUAGACUUUUCAAUUGAUUACCAAAACUUAGGUGUCCCUACCCGAAGUUGAACUUUUGAAAGUAUCACGCUCAUCCCAAUCACUUCAGGUGUUAGUUUUGAAAAAUGUUAAACAAUUUAAGAAAAAGUCUUGUUCAGGUCCGAGCUCUUGCGAGCUCGAACUCUUUCUAAAGCUGCAGUGUUAGCACAUAACAAAGAUGUCCACGCGACGUCUUUCCUCAGGUAGCCGACAGUCGGUAUUCCAGUUAUUUAAUUAUUUAAUUUAUUUCAUUAAUUUAUUUCAACGGACUUUCUCUUUCUCCUCUCUAGUAGUUGCAACACGAAAUGCUCAAAACUUUAAUGUUAAUUUAUUUAUUGACUUAUUUAUUUUAACUUAUGCGUGCAAAAAGACUCUGUAUUAAUUUAAUUUAAUUUUAGUUAAGACCCUAGUUAGGUUAGAAUUUUGACGACUAAGAAUAGGAAAUAAGUGCCAAAAGACGAAUCAGUUUUGAAAUGACUUUAAAAAAAAGCGUAAAAUUACUGCUCAGUAGCCUAAGAAUUGGUGUAUUCUGAAACACUGUCAGUGCUUGCUGUAAGUAGCACGUUCCAAAACUGACAUGUUUUCGAGAAUUUCCCGUAAUUUAUUUUUUAUUAAUAAGCACAAUUUAUUUGGCGCUCUAGUAAAACCAAAGAUAUUUAAACUCACUUGACAUGUAUAACUUCAAACAUUCCUUUCAAUAUUAACACACAUGCAAUAGGAAUUAUUUACUUGAAAUGUGACUUUGACUAUGUUCUAUCACUAUUCGACUAUCUUUAAUUUUUUUUUACAUUUUCCUUGUUCAACCACGGCAGGAAGAUGAAGCUCGAGAGACACUCAGUAGACUCUUGUCCUCAGUAGCUUAAAUUCGAUCUUAAUUUCUUCACUGUCAAUUUUUGUUAAGUUUCCUUUUUCUAUGAUAUUUCCUACACUGACUCAAAAACCAAUAAUGCACGCAGACACUAUUUUCAACUGUUAAAAACAUACAUUUUUACAAAUUGACAUCAAACUGUUGAAUUUAGAACGGAUAUCGCUUAACUACAAUCAAAGAGAAUACUUAUCAGUUAAUUGGUUUAAAUCUUCAUCAUAAUUUACUUCAAAUAUCAGCUUUACAUCUACCCCCUUAGCUCACACCCUUUUAGUUGUGGUUGCACAUCUGUUUAGUGGUGUAGUAGUCGUACAAAUUAAAUGCUUAUCUUACCACUGCCCAGCUUUCGAUACAAUUUUGUAACUUUUGCUCACAUAUACAACAGUAUACGACGCGGGUUAGCUAAAUAGCCAACCUAAUGUUUUUGUAAACGAGUACCUGAUGACGUAAAUUAUUCAGUAUUUUCUGAGUACCGUUUGACAAAAACACUGCCGAGGAAUCGGUGCAAUUUUGGAGGUAGUUUUCCCGCUUCUAGAUUCAACACUUAGAUAAUAACUUACUAGAGAUAGUUAGAGAUAGGUACAAACACGGAACUGACUACUGACUGAACGCUUUGACUUUACCCCGGGGCUGCUCGUAUGAUAAAAUCCACGCAAAUUGAGAAGUUAAUUCUAAGUGAAGAUUCAAAAGCCCUGACCUACCGUUUAUUCGGUCUCUGCAAAGACUCCGUAACUCUCAGGAACUUGCGAGGUUUUUGCAGGGAUCAGUUGAUAUGUUCGAUCGUGCGAAAGUUACCAAUUUUUUUGUUGGUAGCUUUCACACAAUCUAACUUCACUGACUUUGGGAAAACUGAACGUUUCGCUAGAUUGCUCGUAAAUCUAGUCGACUUUUUUCUUUUGUACAGUUGGUAUUGCGGUGAUCUGUCACGAAAAGCGGUAUCCGAUCUCGAACGGCUCGACCGUUUUUAACCGUAAGAGUCGUAUUGAAUUUGAUACUGGACAGCGUUUAGCAAAAAACUAUUUCCUGAAAUUUAACAUGAGUCCAAAACUGAGUUAUCAUGCCUUCGGCUGAUGUUUAAUUGAAGGAAAUGUUUUCGUUCACGCUGUCCUCAUUUAGUGCAGAUGCUCGAUUGACUAGGAACAUGACCUCGCAACCUAGCUAACCACCUAUUAUUUAAGACCUAGUUAAAUUUACCAUUACUUUCAUUACCUCACAACGACGGACUGACUGAUUUAGAUCUAGAAAUUGCAUCAAAUUGUUAUUAUUUAUUUUAAUGUUCUGUAUAUAAGUUUUAUGUCUUUACCUUGUCCUCCCUCUCCCAAACUUCCCUCCCCUUCCCUAGUCUUUCCUACUGAUCAUUAGAUCAUCACCCUUAUUUUCUCUUUCUUUUUUAUUAAACCUGUCUGAGUAUGUUUCCGUCUCAUUUCUCCUUUUUUACUUUUUGUAAAAAAUAAAGAGUAAAAGUUUCAAAAA